AUGGCCCCAGUCAACCUGUCCCAUCGGCGGACGCAUAAUAUGCUCCUCAUUUCCAAGCUGCUCAGCCUGAGGGAUACCGCGUCGCCAUUUACCCUGCUGCUGGACUCUUUGGAGCAACCGGCCACACCCCUCCUCAAAGAAUAUAUUAGACGCGCGAAGCUUUCAAAAGUCCAUGUUACUCUCAUUUCAUUUGAAACGCUCCGCAAGCCAGAUGGCGUCGAUGCGUUCAUUUCGACUCGCUGCAAGAGUCCUACAGAUAUCAUGAGGGAAGUGGCUGAAUGCCAUAAGCCUGCUACUACAACCGGUCCACCGCAACGCCGUCUCAUCCUGAUCGAUGCGAUAAAUCCCCUCCUGAGCUCUCGAAAGCUAGACCCAAACUUCCAACUAGCUGCAUUCCUGGGCUCAUUCAUCACUCCCAAAGACCCCACGGCUAAAGCCGACGCCUCGCUCGUGGUAACAUAUCACUCAGACGUGCCAGGUCUCCCGCAUCAGAAUCCUUACACGCCAUCCUCGCUCUCUAUACUCACUUACCUCGCCACCAGCAUUAUCACUCUGCACUCAUUCUCGCACAUCCUCGCGCACAAGGCCGCACGGGACCGCAGUCUCGUCGCGCCAGUCUUUGGCUUGGACGAAGAGCAAGACGGUGUCAUUCUCGGACGUCUUGAUCGACUAGCCGGAACUGGUGCUGCGGAGGGCAUUGUUUUGGAGUUGGAGCAUCGUCGGAAGAGCGGGCGUGGAGUGCUGGAAUGGUAUCUUCUUCCGCCUGCGUCGCGUUAUUCGCCGCAGCAUGUGAAGGAGGUUGUUACCCUCCUCGACGACAAUAUCCUGUACAAUCCUCCCAUGGAGCCGGAUACGGGUGCUGGUGAUGAGGAGCCGAAGUCGACUUUCGAGUUGGGGCUGACGGAUCGGCAAAGGCGAGAGCGCGAGGGCGUGGUGUUGCCUUACUUUGAUGCGCAGAAUGGGGACGGACCGGGUGAAGGUGGACGGAUUCUCUACGAUAUGGGAGAGGAAGAUGAUUUCGAUGAAGAGGAGGAUGAGAUAUAG